AUGGCCCGGCAAUCUCUCUCUGACGCCUUCGCCUCCCUCGCCUUCGGCCUCAUGGAAGACCUCUUCUCCAUCUACUCCAUCGCCGUCUCCCACCCCAUCUAUCUCGCCUACGUCGUCUUCUUCUCCCCUUACCUCUUCGCCGUCGUCUGCUUCCUCUCGCCCCUCCUUUUCACCACCUCAAUCCUUCUCCUCUCCCUCUCCACGGCCAUCCCAUGCUUCACCGGUCGUUCCUCGUCGCCGGUCUUCUGCGGAAAAACCAUCCACUUUGUUCUACAGGCGCUGAACUGGAGGCCGGACACGGAGCUCCAGGCUUGCUGGGAAGGACCAGGGGCCAUGGGAGACGAUGAUGAUGUACAGGAGAAGGAAGAAGAAGAAGAAAAUAAGAGAAUUGUCUUAGAAGCGCUGGAAGCCAUCGGCAAGCUGUACAAGGCCAUGACGUACGAGGUGGAGGAAAUCCCCGUCAGACUGGCCCUGGAGCUCAAGACUCAGACGAUCGAGGCCAAAGACUCAGAUGAUCUCCCCCGUGUAGAAUCGCCUUCUGAUCUAAGAAUAGUACCAUGCGUUGAGGCCAAAGGCGCUCACUUUGCGCCGGAGAAUUCGCCGGAGCACUCGUCGGGGCCUGCCAUUAAGCUCCCGAGUAUCAAACCAGUGAAGGAGAGGCUGCCCGAGAACCAGAGCAUCGUGGGGUAUGAUUUCAAGGUUGUUUCCUGUGUUGAGGGUGUAGAGCUUCCUCAAAUGGGGCGGCGCUCCAAACCUGCCAUGAAAACAGGAGACCGUGGUUCGCCGGAGUUCAGACCGGCGGGAGAUUCUCGCGGCGCCGGCUCCGGCGAACUGCUGCAGAGGUCGGCAUCAUCAUCAGGGCGGUGGAGAGGUGGCCGGCGUUGCGCGGCGCCGCCGCCACCCGAGAGCUUAUCGAUUGCCGCCUCCGUGGGGACGGACAACGAGUGGAGGAGGACGCUUGCAUGGAAGCUCCACGAGGAGCGUCUCGCCUCCGAUGGUGGCGAGGAGGGCAUGGACCUGCUCUGGGAGACCUACGAGCUCGGCUCCGGCAGCAGGCACUUAAGAACGAACCCAGUGGAAGAAGAAGAAGAGGAAGAAGAAAAAGCAGAAGAAGGAGAAGAAGACGAUGGGGAAGGAGGGGACAUGGUGGGCCGGUUGUGCUGCCUGCGAGCGCUGAGGCUCUCCACGGGGAAGAUGAACCUCGGCAUGGGGAGGUCCAACCUGCGGAGGAUCUCCACCGCCGUGAAAGGCGUGGGGGCCCUUGGUCGCUCCCUCACGAGGAGCCGCAGUGUGAGAGACUGA